AUGCGGUCUUUGGAAGAUUCUAGAAAGAGAUGGCAGGUGACGAUAAAGUCCGCAUCUAGCUUGACCGAACUCAAGAAAUCCGUGAGGAUCGUUGGAGAAAACAGUCCUUGUAACGGAGGUUUAAGAUCUAUCUGUUGGAAGACAUUUUUAUUGUUUCAAAACACAGAGAUCACGGGUUGGGCACGAGGACUUGAGGAUUCACGAAGUGCUUAUACCUCUUUAAGAGAACAUUUCUUGAGAUUCAUCGAACAUCCAAAUGAUCUAGGAUCUUCAUUAGAUCCUCUGGACGACGAUAAACACUCACCAUGGAAUACCCUUCGGAAAGAUGAAGAAAUUCGUGCCGAAAUAUUUCAGGAUAUCGAGAGAUGCAUGCCAGAAGAACCAUACUUCCGUCGUGCCGACAUUCAAAGAUUCAUGCUGGAUGUGCUGUUUAUCUUUUGCAAAAUCAACCAAGAUGUAGGUUAUCGUCAGGGCAUGCAUGAGAUACUGGCUCCAAUUCUAUGGGUAGUGGAGCAAGAUUCUAUUGACCCUCGAGACAUCAAUAGUGACACGAGUGAAUCAGGAACAGAUCCAUCAGAUUCGAUUAUGAAGCAGUGUUUGAAUCGUAAAUUCAUCGAGCAUGAUGCCUUCACUCUCUUGUCUUUGGUCAUGAGAUCAGCAAAGUCAUUUUAUGAAUUAGGUGACCCCGGUCAAAAAACACCUCAAAUUGUUGGCGGAACCCCUCAAAAUGGCGCAUCUCCAAUUGUUGAAAGGAGUAAGCGAAUUCAUGAAGUAUACCUGGCUCGUGUAGAUCCGCGACUGGCCAAACAUCUUACAGAUAUUGAGAUACUACCGCAAAUAUUCUUGAUACGCUGGAUCAGGUUGCUCUUCGGGCGCGAGUUUCCUUUCGUUGAUCUACUAUCAGUAUGGGAUACUCUUUUCGCCGAGGAUCCAGAACUAGAUCUUGUGGAUCUUAUAUGUGUAGCAAUGUUACUUCGAAUUCGUUGGCAACUAAUGGAAUCGAACUACUCGCUGGCCCUGAUGUUACUACUCAAAUAUGAGUGUCCUCCAAAUCCUCAAACUUUCGUCGAUGAUGCAAUCUUCUUACGAGAUAAUUUCAAUGCUAGUGGGGGAUCCAAGAUUAUUCAUAAAUAUAGUGGGAAGUUCCCGCAUCGAGAUAAAUCAUCGCCACCACCUGAUGCUCCUAUUGAAGAAAGUCUCAGCCCUAGACAGCUACUCAUGCGGAAUAGAUCUUCAUUGACUAGCCCUGCUCGGUUCUUGCAACAACAGGGAGGUGUUGAAGCGUUGAUUCAAGGUGCUGCAAAAGGUGUUUACAAUAGGGGAGAGCGUCUUGGCAUCAAUCAAGCUGUACGCGAUGCAAUGGAAGAAGUGAAGAAGAAUAUGCAAGGACUACAAACUCCAAGAAGUAACAAUUCUCCUAGGAGAGCUAGUGCUGCUUCACGGUGGUCUCUUGAUGAUGGGCGUGUGAUGCCUGCCUCGACAGCUAUCAUGGCAACAAUGAACGAAAGAAAUAGGCAAUUGGCUGUCAUGCUAGAUCACGCAAUGAAAGAUCUGAGAUCUGUUUCUGUGUCAAAAGAAAGUAACCGGGAAAAGUGCAUCGAGGCAAUGGACAUGGCUAUUGCGAAAGUUGAUUUCGUGAAGGUUUACUUGGAGGACUCUACUAUGCCACUUCCAAUUCUUUCACCAAUUAUCGAUGGUAGGAAUGAGCCUGCUACACCAGAAGCAGAUAUACCGAAAGUUUUAUUACCACCAAUCUCAGAUCAAGGGCAGACAACUUCACCAGAGACUCCCAUCAUGAAUUCCGACCCAAGUAAUGCUCUGGCAAAAGAGACAAAUGGCCUAGACGAGACAUCCAUAUCAACGCCUGACAUUAGUCAAACUCCAAGGGAAGCAAUUGACCUCUCCUCAAACGAGCCGUCUACAAUUAUCGAACCCGACAUAGAAAGAGAUGCUAUGAGAUCUGCAACAACCGAGCGACCCGAAGCACCAAUCCCCACUAGAUCUUCGAUUGCACAGUCAUCGUUCUCUUGGAUGCUAGAACCAGAUCAAGCAUCUAGCCCCACGAUAAAAUCCUCACCUCCAAAGAGUUCUUCUCCAUUUUUAAGAACCGGAAAGCGACCUACAUCCGGUGCUGGUCGAGAAAAGGCAGCGUUUCUGUUUGGGGAUGAUGAUGGCGACUUCCAACUUCCCAUACCAAAAUCUCCAUUGUCAAACGCCGAAGAAGCCUUCAAGCUAGGAACAUUGAAACGAAUAAAAGAGAAACAAAUCGAUGAAAACACGGUUGAAUAG